AUGCCGGGGGGCAAGAGAGGGCUGGUGGCACCGCAGAACACCUUCCUGGAGAACAUCGUCCGGCGCUCCAGCGAAUCCAGUUUUUUGUUGGGAAAUGCCCAGAUUGUGGACUGGCCUGUAGUUUAUAGUAAUGACGGUUUUUGUAAACUCUCUGGAUAUCAUCGCGCUGACGUCAUGCAGAAAAGUAGCACUUGCAGUUUUAUGUAUGGUGAGCUGACAGACAAGAAGACCAUUGAAAAAGUCAGACAGACUUUUGACAACUACGAGUCAAACUGCUUUGAAAUUCUCCUCUACAAGAAAAACAGAACCCCAGUUUGGUUCUACAUGCAAAUUGCUCCUAUAAGAAAUGAGCAUGAAAAAGUGGUUUUGUUCCUGUGCACUUUUAAGGAUAUCACUUUGUUCAAGCAACCAAUUGAAGAUGAUUCAACAAAAGGUUGGACAAAGUUUGCGCGGCUGACGCGGGCCCUGACGAACAGCCGGAGCGUCCUGCAGCAGCUGACGCCGAUGAACAAAGCUGAGGUGGUGCACAAGCACUCCCGCCUGGCUGAGGUUCUCCAGCUGGGAUCUGAUAUUCUUCCUCAGUACAAGCAAGAAGCUCCAAAGACUCCACCACACAUUAUACUACAUUAUUGUGCUUUUAAGACCACUUGGGACUGGGUCAUCUUAAUUCUAACCUUCUACACAGCAAUUAUGGUUCCAUAUAACGUCUCCUUCAAGACGAAACAGAACAACAUUGCCUGGCUCGUGCUGGACAGUGUCGUGGACGUUAUUUUUCUCGUUGACAUUGUUUUGAACUUUCACACAACCUUUGUUGGCCCUGGUGGAGAGGUUAUAUCUGAUCCCAAACUCAUAAGGAUGAACUACCUGAAAACGUGGUUUGUGAUUGAUCUUCUGUCCUGUUUACCGUAUGACAUCAUCAAUGCCUUUGAGAAUGUCGAUGAGGGGAUCAGUAGCCUCUUCAGUUCCUUAAAAGUGGUGCGUCUUCUCCGACUUGGUCGAGUUGCCAGGAAGUUGGACCAUUAUCUGGAAUAUGGUGCUGCUGUACUGGUACUGUUGGUGUGUGUGUUUGGACUGGUGGCCCAUUGGCUAGCCUGCAUAUGGUACAGCAUUGGGGACUAUGAAGUUAUAGACGAAGUCACUAAUACAAUCAAAACAGAUAGCUGGCUCUACCAGUUGGCACUGAGUAUCGGGACACCAUAUCGAUACAACACCACUGGCUCAGGGCAGUGGGAAGGAGGACCCAGUAAAGACUCCUUGUACAUAUCCUCUCUCUACUUUACCAUGACAAGCCUUACAACGAUAGGAUUUGGAAACAUUGCACCAACCACUGACGGAGAGAAGAUUUUUUCGGUGGCCAUGAUGAUGGUUGGCUCUCUUCUUUAUGCAACUAUUUUUGGAAAUGUCACAACCAUUUUCCAGCAGAUGUAUGCCAACACCAACCGAUACCAUGAGAUGCUUAACAAUGUGAGAGAUUUCCUGAAAUUAUAUCAAGUCCCAAAAGGCCUUAGUGAAAGAGUCAUGGAUUAUAUUGUCUCAACCUGGUCCAUGUCUAAAGGAAUUGACACAGAGAAGGUUCUCUCAAUUUGCCCAAAGGACAUGAGAGCAGAUAUUUGCGUGCACCUAAACCGGAAAGUUUUUAAUGAGCACCCUGCCUUCCGGCUGGCCAGCGACGGCUGCCUGCGAGCCCUGGCUGUGGAGUUUCAGACCAUCCAUUGUGCCCCGGGGGACCUCAUCUAUCAUGCUGGGGAAAGUGUUGAUGCGCUUUGCUUUGUGGUCUCAGGAUCCCUAGAAGUCAUCCAGGACGACGAGGUGGUGGCUAUUUUAGGUAAAGGCGAUGUGUUUGGUGAUAUCUUCUGGAAGGAAACCAGUCUGGCCCAUGCGUGUGCCAAUGUGCGGGCUCUGACAUACUGCGAUUUACAUAUUAUUAAACGAGAAGCCUUGCUUAAAGUGUUGGACUUUUACACUGCUUUCGCAAACUCAUUCUCAAGGAAUCUCACACUCACCUGCAAUUUGAGGAAACGGAUCAUCUUCCGGAAAAUCAGUGAUGUCAAGAAGGAGGAAGAGGAGCGCCUGCGCCAGAAGAACGAGGUGACACUGAGCAUCCCUGUGGACCACCCCGUGCGGAAACUCUUCCAGAAAUUCAAACAGCAAAAGGAGAUGCGUAAUCAAGGCUCAACCCACAUCGACCCGGAAAGGAACCAGCUUCAGGUGGAAAGCCGGAGCGUGCAGAACGGGGCCUCCAUCACGGGCACCAGUGUGGUCACCGUGUCUCAGAUCACCCCCAUCCAGACAUCCCUGGCUUACGUGAAAACCAGCGAGGCUGUGAAGCAGAACAACAGGGAUGCAAUGGAGCUAAAGCCCAAUGGAAAUGGAGACCAAAAAUGUCUCAAAGUGAACAGCCCCAUGCGGAUGAAAAAUGGGAACGGGAAAGGGUGGCUUCGGCUGAAGAACACGAUGGGGACCCACGAGGAGAAGAAGGAAGACUGGAAUAACGUCACAAAGGCUGAGUCGAUGGGGCUGCUCUCGGAGGACCCCAAGUGCAACGAUGCGGAGAACGGUGUAAAUAAAAACCCACUGAGGAAAACAGACUCUUGUGACAGUGGAAUAACAAAAAGUGACCUUCGCUUGGAUAAAGCCGGUGAGACUCGCAGCCCCCUGGAGCACAGCCCCAUUCAGGCUGAUGCUAGGCAUCCUUUCUACCCUAUUCCUGAGCAGGCCUUACAAACCACGCUGCAGGAAGUCAAGCACGAACUCAAAGAAGAUAUCCAGCUGCUAAGCAGCAGGAUGGCUGCCCUUGAGAAGCAGGUGGCAGAAAUUUUAAAAAUAUUGUCUGAAAAGAACGUACCCCAGGUCUCUUCCCCCAAGUCUCAUUUAUCACCCCAGCGGCCCCCCCAGAUACCCUGCCAGGAUAUUUUUAGCGUUUCAAGGCCUGCAUCACCUGAAUCAGAAAAAGAUGAAAUCCACUUUUAG